UCGGCCAUGUUGUGGUUUUGAAUGAGGAAGAAGCGGGAGAGCAUAUCGUUUAACGAGUUUAUAUACCGUAUUUUUGUAUUUAAAGUACUACAGUGAGUUUCUUUUGACUCAAGUGCUAUUUAAGUUAGAUACAUUGCACUGUAGAAUGUGAUAUUUGUGAUUAAACUCACUCAAGUGCAGAUUAAAACCCUUGUCGCUACAGCCACACACAACCAGGCUUGUUAGCUAGCUAGUUUAGCUCACCGCUAACUAGCUGGCUAUCUUGUUAGCUGCGCGAGCGAAAUAGCUGGCUAGCACAUUUCAAGUGAAGGAAUGUAAUGUGAUAGCUAUGAUUAGUAAGGUUGGAUAACCCACUAAAUAGUUAAGAUUUACGUGCCCCGGCCGAAUGACGUUGGGUGGCUUUCUGUGCUUUUGGCUGCGCUGGCAGGCGGGUUGGAAGCAACCAUAGCGAUAAAAUUUUUCGCGGGCGGAAGGUUUUAAACUUCUCUAACAACAUGUUCAAUAAAUUUUACGAAUGGAUUGGAACGGGCUUCGCCAAUCUCCGCAACGGAAUGCCAGCUCCGGACCAACAGGAUGUUAACGUCGAUACGCACGGAAUACAACGGGGUCAGAUAAGGAGAAAAAGACCUAUCGACUGUUUGGAGGAUGGAGAGUCCCUUGACCAAGAUAACCAAGCCCUUGAAGUGAAGAAAUUUCGAAUGGGGAACCUUGUUGACACCGUGAAGACGGCAGCUGAAGGGGUGAAGAGCCACAGCUCCACUGUGGCCUCCUGGGUGAGGAACAGCGUGACCCCUACCUUGAGGAACAUGCUGCCUGCUUCCCCCGGACCUCCCCUGGAAGAACACCUGGCUGUGGAGCCCAGAGCCUCAACUUCUGGACGCCCCCCGUCAACGUUCUGGGAAGAGACUGAGGUCCUCGAGGUGAGGAACUCUGCUCCUCUGGAUGGGAUAUUUGUUGCUCCCUCAACAACUCUGGAAUGGAAGAGCUCUAAAUCAGGGGUUUUAAGAACGGAGAAGUCAGCGAUGGGUUCAAAGCUUUGCAGACGGCAAGUGUGCAUGUCUCUGACUCACCGUGAAGCGCCCAAAACAAACGGGCAUUCUGCCGGUCUGCCUCAUUCCUCCAACAGCAGCCCUAAGCCAUGUCCCUCUCCGCGCCUGGGGAGGACCCACCUCAGAUCAGCUGCAUCAACAAGUCGGAUUACCUCAGCAGGGUUUGCUACAGGAAGCAGCUCGUUCACCAGCAUGUAUGAAAAGACGUUCCCCAUCCGUGUGGUGCAGAGUCCUUCACACAGCUGCUCCUCCAGCCGCCUGCUUGGAGGCAGGUCUCACUGCACCGCACAAGAGUCGGUCCGUGAGGAGGAGAAAGAGGUGUACAGGCAAUUGCUUUCCAUGGUCUCAGGUGGACAGUCGUCCUCGUUCCACAAUGGCAGCUCGCAAUGCUUCUCGCGCUCACACCGAGACUUUACAAGCUUCCUGAGUUCUAGCGGGCGACGGCUCCAGUGUUCAUCCCCUUCUGGGUCAAGGUCAGGAGACACCUUAGAGGGCCUCAGUGGCCCCUCUAGCCCCUGUGCAGAGUCCAGCCUGAGUUACAGCAACGUCCCCAGCCCAGGGGAGGGCUCCUCUAGUGGUACAGGGAACCAGCCGUGGGCCCCUGACUCAGACCUUAGUCCCAGGAGACUACAGACACAGCGGUCUGUCCCCUCCCCAGCUGCCCUUCAAGACACCUCUUCUCAGGACACACAGUCAUCGGCUCCCGAUGGAGACUCUGUGGUCAUUGUGAGUGAGCAGAAGGGCAAAAGGCCAGACAGAUCAAGUGUGCCAUGCUUCCAAGCUGAACUCUGGAUCAAAGAGUUGACCAGCAUGUAUGACUCUCGUGCGCGCGAGAGGCGGAGGAAAAUCGAUCAGCAGGAGGCCUUGGCUGCUCAGUUCCUGAGACAGCGUUUGUCAGAUGAUAGCCAGCUGGACCGUGGGGGGGUGGAGCUCCAUGUCAGAGUGCCCCUUGAGAAGGAGGUUCCUCUAGCUGCCCUCAUAGAGGAACCCAAACCCGUGGAAGAGAAACCAGAGUUUCCCCAGCUCACUGAGGAGAUGGAGGGGCAGGUGAGCCGGGCGCUGAGGGGAGGCAGCCAGGACGAGGUGUUGAGUGAAGGCUUUAGACUCACCAUCACACGCAAAGACCUGCAGACCCUCAACCACCUCAACUGGCUCAAUGAUGAGGUGAUCAAUUUCUACAUGAACUUGCUGGUGGAGCGCAGCAAGGAUCCAAGCCUGCCGACAGUCCACACCUUCAAUACCUUCUUCUUCCCCAAGCUGCGCAGCGCCGGAUACUCUGCUGUACGCCGUUGGACCAAAAAGAUGGACGUCUUCAGCGUUGACAUUAUACUGGUGCCUGUCCACCUGGGGGUGCACUGGUGUCUGGCUGUGGUGGAUCUCCGUAAGAAAAGUGUCACCUACUUUGAUUCCAUGGGAGGAAACAAUGAUGAAGCCUGCAGGAUAUUGCUGCAAUACCUGCAGCAGGAAAGCAAGGACAAGAAGGGAAAAGACCUGGAUACCUCAGAUUGGACUCUGCAAAGCAAGAAACGCAAUGAGAUUCCUCAGCAGAUGAAUGGAAGUGACUGUGGAAUGUUCACAUGCAAAUAUGCAGAGUACAUCACCAAAGACAAGCCAAUCACAUUCACACAAAAACACAUGCCCUAUUUCAGGAGACGGAUGGUCUGGGAGAUUUUGAAUCGGAAACUGUUGUGAUGAAAUCGGGGACAUUAUUUUGAACUUGUGGCUGCUGUUUAGUGGCGAGUUUGGAAUGGGAAGUGUCUGAAGAGAUGGCCGUGCCGUGAUACCAUGGCUGUUAGACUGCAGAAGGAUUCGGUCCUCUCCGGGGUGGGACCAGCUCAGAACACUGUUUAACUUAACCAGGUGGCUCUUGAGCCUGGAAGGGAUGUUAUGGUAGGAGUGCUGUAACUGUCUAUUUUUGUAAACCACUUUCAAAGUACAGUUCAAAGAAGGUGUGUUGUUUUUCUUAUGCGACACUGACUGUUAACACCUUAUUUUUAUACAGCCUGGGGUUAACUCCCCUACCUGGUCCAAUAAACUCAGAGAUCGA